AUGGACCCAGCACACAAUCCCUCACCACUGGAUCGCCUUGAGAGAAUUGAAGGCGUUCUGCAGCAACAUGAGGCCAUGAUGACUGCGGCUGCCGCUGAAGCCAGAGGAGCUGCUGAGACUCAGGGACAAUCACUAGCAGCUUUAGCGGCACAGAUGCAACAGCUAGCAGCUCAGCUAGCCCAGCUCCCCUCAUCUGCUGGAAUUGCCUCUUCUUCGGAAGCUUCACCUUCUGCUCCUGCACCUGUACCCGCCUCUUCUCUACCCAGCGAUGCCCCUGAGCCACGGGUGGGAACCCCAGAGCGUUAUGACGGAGAUAGAGAGACUUGCAGCCCCUUCCUCACCAACUGUUCUCUCCUGUUUGCCCUACAGCUCCGCACCUUCGCCACAGAACCGGCAAAGGUAGCGUUUGUCAUUAACCACCUGACGGGCAGAGCUAGACUAUGGGGAACAGCUGAGUGGGAGAGGCGGUCUCGAGCCUGUGCUUCAUUUGACCUGUUUGCUGCUGAGCUUCGGAAGGUUUUUGGGUUUGAGAAUUCUGGUUCUGAUUCGGCUAGGGGACUGAUGGGACUGAAGCAAGGCGAACGAACAGUGGCUGACUAUUCCAUUGAUUUCCGCACCAGAGCCAGCCAUAGUGGUUGGAACAGUGCAGCUCUCCGUGAUGCCUUUCUCCAUGGGUUGGCAGAUUACAUUAAAGAUGAACUGGUUUCACAUGACACCUCCCUCACCUUGGACGGGGUGAUUGACUUGGCCGUCCGCAUCGAUCUUCGUGUUCAGACUCGUCGACGAGAGAAGCGUCAAGGGGGAAUCCAACAUACUCGUCCACCUCGCUCCCGUGGGGGUGCUGCUGCAGCCAACUCCACCCCAUUGGGUCAGCAGUUUGAGGAUCCAGAGCCCAUGCAGUUGGGCCGCACCUCUCUCUCCCUGGAAGAGAGAGAGCGUAGACGCAAGUCCAAUCUCUGCCUCUAUUGUGGGGCAGCGGGACACUACAUCUCCGGCUGUCCAGCAAAAGCCAGAGCUCAUCAGUAG